CGAGGACAACGAGCGACGGGCGGCGGAGGACGCGGAGGAGGAAGGGGAGGCCGACCAACAAGAUGGCCCCUGCUGCAGGAGCAGCCUCAGCAGCAGCAGGUGGGGGGCUGGAGGCGGCGCUGGCGGUGGCGGCUACGGCCGUGGUCCCGCGGCCUGGGACAGAGUCAGAGUCGAUGGUGGCGGCGGCGGCGGCGGCUGCCGCGACGGUGGCGACGGCCGCAGGGACGAGGAGCUGAGAGGAGCUGCUGCUCGGACCAGCGCGGUUAUAUUUCACACUAUGUGCUGACUGUAUCUACAGAAGAUAUUUAAAAAAAAAAAAAAACUUUUUUCCAAGAUUUUGAUUCCAGUGGAAUCUUCGCUUUAGAUUGUGUGUGUGUGUGUGUAUGUGUGUGUAUUAGUGAAUUGUAACUCCAGAAGCAAUGCCUGUACAAGCUCCACAAUGGACGGAUUUCCUUUCCUGCCCAAUUUGCACUCAGACUUUCGACGAAACAAUUCGAAAGCCCAUCAGUUUGGGCUGUGGCCAUACUGUCUGCAAAAUGUGCCUGAAUAAACUCCACCGUAAGGCUUGCCCAUUUGACCAGACCACUAUCAAUACAGACAUUGAGCUCCUUCCUGUGAACUCAGCAUUACUGCAGCUAGUGGGUGCUCAGAUCCCUGAGCAACAGCCCAUUACUUUGUGUAGUGGGGUUGAAGAUACAAAGCAUUAUGAGGAAGCCAAGAAAUGUGUAGAAGAAUUAGCCUUGUACCUGAAACCACUCAGCAGUGCUAGAGGAGUGGGUCUGAAUAGCACUACUCAGAGCGUUCUGAGUCGUCCAAUGCAGAGGAAGCUUGUGACUCUAGUCCACUGCCAGCUAGUGGAAGAAGAAGGAAGGAUUCGUGCUAUGAGGGCUGCUCGAUCUUUAGGUGAACGCACAGUUACAGAGCUCAUUCUCCAGCACCAAAAUCCUCAGCAGCUCUCCUCUAAUCUCUGGGCAGCAGUCAGAGCUAGGGGCUGCCAGUUCCUUGGACCAGCAAUGCAGGAGGAAGCACUGAAGCUUGUCUUGCUGGCCUUAGAAGAUGGUUCUGCUUUGUCACGGAAAGUGUUGGUUCUCUUUGUGGUGCAAAGACUGGAACCACGUUUUCCUCAAGCCUCUAAAACCAGCAUUGGACAUGUUGUUCAGCUCCUUUACAGAGCCUCCUGCUUCAAGGUCACCAAACGUGAUGAAGACUCUUCUUUGAUGCAGCUGAAAGAAGAAUUUAGGACUUAUGAAGCUCUGCGACGAGAACAUGACUCCCAGAUAGUGCAGAUUGCUAUGGAAGCAGGCUUAAGAAUUGCACCAGACCAGUGGUCCUCUUUGCUUUAUGGAGACCAGUCUCACAAAUCUCAUAUGCAGUCCAUUAUUGACAAGUUGCAGACCCCUGCCUCCUUUGCACAGAGUGUUCAGGAGCUAACAAUUGCUCUCCAGCGAACUGGAGACCCAGCAAACUUGAACCGACUAAGACCCCACUUGGAGCUACUAGCAAACAUUGACCCUAGUCCAGAUGCUCCUCCUCCAACAUGGGAACAGUUAGAAAACGGCCUGGUUGCUGUACGUACAGUAGUACAUGGACUGGUUGAUUAUAUUCAGAACCACAGCAAAAAAGGAGCAGACCAACAGCAGCCUCCACAGCAUAGCAAAUACAAAACAUACAUGUGUCGAGAUAUGAAGCAGAGGGGAGGAUGCCCUCGUGGGGCCAGCUGCACCUUUGCACACUCACAAGAAGAACUGGAAAAAUUUCGUAAAAUGAACAAACGUCUGGUUCCCAGAAGACCCCUGAGUGCCUCUUUGGGUCAACUUAAUGAGGUGGGCCUGCCUUCGGCACCUAUGCUUCCUGAUGAAAGUGCAGUGGAUUUGUCGAGCAGGAAACCUCCUGCGCUUCCAAAUGGAAUUGUAUCGGCAGGGAGCACAGUGACACAGCUGAUUCCACGUGGGACAGACCCCAGCUUUGAUUCUAGUCUGAAGCCAGGAAAACUAGACCACCUGAGCAGCAGUGCUCCUGGGUCCCCUCCUGACCUGCUGGAAUCUGCCCCUAAGAGUAUUUCUGCCUUACCUGUGAAUCCACAUCCUGUACCUCCAAGGGGGCCAACAGAUCUGCCUCCCAUGUCUGUCACCAAACCAAUACAGAUGGUACCUCGAGGUUCUCAGUUAUAUCCAGCACAACAAGCGGAUGUUUAUUACCAGGAUCCUCGAGGAACUGCCCCAGCAUUUGAGCCACCACCUUAUCAGCAGGGUAUGUACUAUACUCCACCACCAUGUGUGUCCCGCUUUGUCCGACCUCCACCAUCUGCUCCUGAACCUGGUCCUCCAUACUUGGAUCAUUAUCCACCCUACCUCCAAGAUCGUGUCAUAAACUCUCAGUAUGGCACACAACCACAACAGUACCCUCCUAUGUACCCACCUCACUAUGAUGGCCGCCGUGUGUACCCUGCUCAGUCUUACACAAGAGAGGAGAUUUUCCGGGAAAGCCCAAUACCCAUUGAGAUUCCAUCUGCAGCAGUACCAUCCUAUGUGCCCGAGUCCAGAGAACGAUACCAACAGGUAGAGGGUUACUAUCCAGUGGCCCCUCAUCCAGCUCAGAUCAGACCUUCAUACCCCAGGGAUCCUUCUUAUAGUCGACUUCCUCCUCCCCAACCCCAUCCUAGCCUGGAUGAACUACAUCGCAGACGGAAGGAAAUAAUGGCCCAGCUCGAGGAAAGAAAGGUUAUCUCUCCACCUCCUUUUGCACCUUCACCCACAUUGCCUCCUGCAUUCCAUCAAGAAGAAUUUUUGGAUGAAGAAUUCAAGAUAGCUGGGAAAUAUAAAGCAAAUGAUUAUAGCCAGUAUUCUCCUUGGUCAUGUGAUACCAUCGGCUCCUACAUUGGAACCAAAGAUGCAAAACCCAAAGAUGUUGUGGCUGCAGGGAGUGUGGAAAUGAUGAAUGUAGAAAGUAAAGGAAUGAGAGACCAGAGAUUGGAACUCCAGAGAAGAGCAGUGGAAACUAGUGAUGAUGACCUCAUCCCGUUUGGAGACCGACCAACAGUAUCUCGGUUUGGUGCCAUCUCUCGAACAUCCAAAACACUGUAUCAAGGUGCUGGCCCAAUGCAGGCUAUAGCACCUCAGGGAGCACCCACAAAACCUAUCAGCAUUUCAGAUUACAGUUCAUAUGGAGCUCAUGGUGGCUGGGGAGAUUCUCCAUAUUCACCUCAUCCAAACAUACCUCCUCAGGGACACUUCAUCGAGAGGGAGAAAAUAUCCAUGGCAGAAGUGACCAGUCAUGGAAAAACCCUUCUGUCUGCUGAAAGAGAACAACUACGGUUAGAAUUGCAGCAACUGAACCAUCAGAUUAGCCAGCAGACCCAGCUUCGUGGACUAGAGGCUGUUAAUAACCGACUGGUGGUACAGAGGGAGGUGAACACCCUGGCAGGCCAGCCACAGCCCCCUCCACUGCCUCCAAAAUGGCCUGGAAUGAUCUCAAGUGAGCAACUAAGCUUGGAACUACAUCAGGUGGAAAGGGAAAUUGGCAAGAGAACGCGGGAAUUGAGUAUGGAGAACCAGUGUCCUAUGGACAUGAAAAACAAACUGGGUACAAGUAAGCAAGCAGAAAAUGGACAGCCGGAGCCACAAAACAAAGUCCCAGCUGAAGACCUUGCAUUGACAUUCAGUGAUGUGCCGAAUGGAUCAGCUUUGACACAGGAGAAUCUCAGCCUCCUAUCAAACAAGACCAGCUCUUUGAACCUGUCAGAAGAUUCUGAGGGAGGAGGAGAUAACAAAGAUUCCCAGAGAUCAGGAGUUACUUCCAGUUCUCCCUAGAAUACGGGUGCCCUGCUUCUACCUUCUGCUCCUAAUCAAUUCAUAGGACAUAGGGAUAGAAGAAUGGAUAACUUCUAAACUUUUUCUCUGAGUGGUCAGCGAAAUCCAGGAAAAGCACUGGAGGCAAUGUGCACCAACACCACUACUAAACAAACCCUGCACAUAGUUCACAUUAAUGCAUUUUUUUAAUUUAAAGAAAAAGAAAAUUAGCAGUAUCUGCAAGCAAUUCAGAUUAAAUUUGUUUUUGUUCUGUGAAUGAACUUUAUUUUAAUAACUUUGGACGCCUUGGAUCCAGGGCUUUAAAAAAAAAAGAAGAUAUUAUAUAUACAUUCUGUUUGAUUAAUUGUAUGAUCUUAAUGAAGUAGGUUUUUCAUGUAUUUUGGUAUUAUUACAUACCCAGUGUAAAAUUCCUUUCUCCCAGUCCUUUCCAACUCCACAGCCGUGUAAACUAAAAGCACUGUUUCCAAGAAUUCUGUGAUAGUAGAUUGGCUUAUUAGAAGCUGUGCAGCAAACUGAGGUUUUUAGAGCUAUUCUUCAGCACCCCACACUGCACCCACACCCACCCUGUUUCAGGAUCACUAGCUUCCUGACUUUUCUUACAACAUUAAAACUUCAUUUGAGUAGGGUAGGCUUUUAGUUUCAACUUUUUAGAGAUUUCAACAGGCUGUUGAUUGUUAGAGCUGCACUUUUCCAUGCUAAGGAUUCCUUGCAUUCUCUCCAUAAAAUCUGAAAGCCUGUUUGGUGUUUACAUUGCUUAAUUAGAUUUAAAUGAAGAUUAUCUUUGAACUCCUAACAGGACAUGGUGGCUCAUUUUGGUAAUCCCAGGACUCAAGAUGCUGAGGCAGGAGAAAACCAAAAAGAAGAAAAUAAAUGAGCUUCAACUUGUUAAUGGUGGAAACACAGUUCCUGUCCUCCUAUGUUGAGCUCAUGAUGUAAAUUGGAGCUGUGCUCAAAUGCUCAAAAAAAUCACAAUAACCAUGUUCUAAAAGUUGGAGAGAUGGCUCACCAGUACUGGUUGCACUUCCAGAGGACCCAGGUUCUUCCUAGCACCCACAAGAUGGCUCACAACUGCCAGUAACUCUGGUUCCAAAGGAUAUCACACCCUCUUCUGACCUUGUGGGCACAGACACACAUGGGUGCAUGUACAUACACACACAUAAAAUACAUAAGUUUUACAUUUGAUGUGAACUUAAAUAAAUGGGGACACAUUUCAAUGGAAUUUUUAUUUUUCUUUCAAAAGUAUAAAAGAUUUGGCAGAUAAAAACUGAGUCUUGAAGAUUAUGUAUUGAUUACUUGUGCUGCUCAGAAAUUACUAGCAUAACUAAAUAACUUGAAGUGGAUUUUUAGACUUUCUUUCUGACUUUAAAAUUGUUUAUGAAAACAUUAAAGAGUAAGGAAGGAUUUUUACUUAGUUCUGCUGCACAUAUUCUAAUGCUACCACUGUAUGCUUAAUUCACUAAGCCCCUAUAAAAUGAGUUCAUUGGGGGACUAUUCCACAGUCACUCCAGCCCUCUGACUGCCUGACAUACAGUUUCCCUUUCUAGAUACUACUACUAAACAAGAAAGCACUGGUUAUGUAAUAAGUUACUGCAUUGCUUUGGUUGGGUAAAAGCAAAAGUUUAUAUUUUUCUUAUUUCUUAUAUUCCUACCCGUUAACUCCUGCUGAGGUCAGAGCCACCUCAGUCUGCUCUGUGUCUGUCAUGUUGUUAAUGGAAACAAUUGGGUGGGGGUGGGGUGGGAAGGGUAAAAUAGUCCUGCCAUUGCCUACCAGUAGGAAAUCCAAACAGAACACUCAUUUGAGUAGCGAUUAUUUAAUUUGCCCAGUCAAGGCACCGUAUUUAUAUACUAUUUCACAUUGAAUUUGAUUAUGCCCUACAGACCUGGCUGGUCAAGGAUUUGAUAUACACAUAUUGGCUUGGGAUUCGAGCUUUCUUUUUUAUUUAAAUAAAAAUUUAUAUAUAUAUAUUAUAUAUAUACAUAUAUACAUUGCUAUAUCUGUAUAUAUAUUGGGUAUGUUUUAAAGAUUUCUUCGCAUGAGCGCAGCUGUUGCAAUAAAAUGACCGAUUGGGAGGUAGAAGCACUGAAUGACAGUGAGGCAUUUUCAGUUGAUACAUACAUUUUACUUUUCAUUUGAAAUAUAUACAUCUGCUUUCUUGGCUUUUUUUUAAAGAUAAAACAUCUUUUACAUUUAUACUUUAAAUACUCAUUAUUUAUUGAGAGAAGGAAAGAAGUGUUAUGUCUGACAAGAUUUUUGUUUUUAUGCACAUCUAUAAAAUGCCACAUUAUUGGCCUCUUGCCUUCCGUAAACAGAUUUGGGCAGGACUUAUUUCCUUUGGACAUGUCAGAUAAUUCCUAAGUAUGAGAAACAGGAGGUUUGUUUUAGAAAUUGCAGUGACCAGGGGGGAAAUCUGCAUAUUGGUUUUAUUGGAGUUAAGAAUAAAAGUAAAUUUUCCUUGUGGUGCGUAUGAAACCCCGGAAUGCACUCUGCUGAGGUGCACUAGAAUGUGAAACCCCCGGAAUGCACUCUUCUGCGGUGCACUAGCAUCCCUCCAGCUGUUCUCACUUAGGGAGAAAAUUAGCCUCUUAAAUGUUGGGUUGAGUUCCCUAAGCCCAGCCUCUAGCCAGUCUGGCUGGGGUGGAAAGUAGAAGACGGUGUGCCUACAAUUUCUCUGUUGAAGAAAUUGGUCAUUUUCCCUUACAAAUUCUUAGGUGUGUUUUAUGUGUUGGGGGAGUGGUUGUUUGUUUGUGCCCACUGGCAGAUGUGGGGAUUCAAUAAACCCCACAACCUUGAGGAUGUUUUCUCCCUUGAACAUAUUUUGUGUUAUGAGGCAACAAUAAACUGAAGCAUAACUUCAUGACUCUUAACUGCUGUUUUUGUCAGAAUCUGAAAAGCAUUGAUUUUUAUUUUUGUCUUUAGAGACAUUAAGAAAUGACCCUCAUCAAAUAAAAAGUAAACUUUUACAGCAGCACCCCUUUGUGAGAUAGAGUUUACCAUGCAGCCCCAGCUGGUUCUGAACUCAGGAUCCUUCAGCCUCUGAGCACUGUGAUUUUAGGCAUUUGCCACUGUGCUCAGCAAUAUGCAUGGUUUUUCACUUAAAUGGUUUCUUCUGAGGAUGACUAUUUGCUUUUUACUGUAUUUAAGACCAAGAAUCAUCUAAGAUGAACAUGGACAAUUCUGGAAGGGUUAGGAGCCUACAUUCAUACUUGUUCAGAAACAAAAAGCCAGUGUAUUAUCGUAGUGAAUAUAUAAAAGUACUGGGACUCAUUCUGUUUUCAGUGAGUCUUUGUAAAAUGAUAAAAAUGAUAAUGAAAUAUCUAGACUCACUUUCCUAAUUUAUAGCCACAAGUCUAAUAGCUACCCUCUUCUGAAGGAUAACUUAUACAGUCUGAUGUGACUAAAGAGCCAUUCUUUACUACUUUUCUAAUUAAACAGAACUUGUCGCCUAAGUUUCUAAUAGUAAUGUUCAAGUGACAAGACACUAUUAUUAAUGUCAAUUACAAAUAUUCAACUACUCCGAAUGUGUAAGAACUCAUUUGGUAAGGCAUUAAUGUGUGUUAUUCCCUUCUCUCAUUUUCCUUCCCUUCUGUUUUUUUUCCCAUUUAUUUAUUCUUUUGCCUAAAGGCAAGAGAUUGACGUGAUUCUCACUUGUUACUCGGAUACAUGGUCCCAUCGGACUCCCAUGAGCUUCAUUGUGGGAGCUUGAAAUUUAGUUCCUAAGUUUUUCAUGAUUAUCUCUUUUCUUUUCUUCCUGACCCCUUGCCAUUCUGCAGUUUCCCCUUGACUUACCCAAUCUGUAACAGUGACAGUUUGCUGCCUCUAAACAGAGCAUUCAAAUGAAUUCGCUUAGCCAAUGACUUCUGUGAAGUUGCCUUUUCUAAUGGCGUUAUUACUCAGUGAUGCACAGAUGUGGUAUUUGCCCUACUGGCAGGCAAGCAAAGGUCUGGUAAAAAAUGAUAACCUGCUAUUUCUUUAAGGAGCGCCAAAGACUUGUGCUUUACUCUGUUUUUGUUUUAGGGGAAAUAGUAGCCAUUUUGAUUAUGAAACCCGGUAGUAUUGUGAGUUGAUUGUACUGUGUAGAUGUCUAAAGUUAACUGUAAGGUUAGCUGGCCUUAUAAAAUGUAAAAGUAAUGAAAAUUCAUCAGUUUCUAUAAACCAGUAAAUAUCAUCCUUGACAAUAUUUGUUUAAGCAACUCACUCUCCCUUCUGGGGGUUAUCUUGAUGGAAUAGUACCGUCUGUGUUUUUCUGUAGUCAAGUCAUGGGGCUGGGAAUUUUUCCUGAGCUUGAGGCUUGUGAGAAAUAGUUAACUGUAGUUAAUACCUGUUCAGCUAUGUUCAGGGUCAGCUUACUUUCACUAAAUGGGAUUCAUGUGCUAUUAUUUAUAUGUACAAAUGGUGAUAAAAUGAAAUUUCACCAUAUUCUCCAUUUGGGCUUUUAAAAAUCAACUAAAGAGUUCAGUAUGUAAAAUCUUGUGUAAAAAAUCAUCUGUAAUGAUUUAUAUUUUAUUAAAAGAUAUGGCCUAAUUAGUUUUAAGGAGGAAUUAAUGGCCUUGCAAAUAAACUACAGUUUAUUUACACUAUUACCCCCUUACCCUGUAAAAUGUUCAAGUGUGUUAAAAUCUUGUUAAUACAUGUUUAUAGUGUUGCAAAGGGAUCUCAUCUGAAAACAGAGCUCAGAGUAACUGACUUCACUGAGACAAUUUGCUCUCCAUAGAGUCGAACACAGUAGUCUGCUACUGUUUUAUCUGCAUGCUUGUUUUGCAGAAACAUGUUCAUGUCUAUCUUGGACAGCUACAGCUUUUAUAUUUAUUUCUUCAGCUCAGCUUUUGAAAAUUAAUUGCUGAAAUGACUUGCUGGGAGUUUUGGUAAAUUUUUAGUUCUCAGUCACCUUUUCUGAGCCACUUAAGAAAAAGAGCUGGUUUUGUUUUGCUUUUUCAAAAGGUAUAAUUUCAAAUAAAACCUUUUUGUUACUUGAAAUUUUAAGAUUCUAUUUCUGUAACUGCUAAAGGUGUUUUCAUAGGUAACCUGUUCUAAUUGAUUAGUAAUACUAGUUACAUUAAGAGGAAGCUGCCACCCCCAGGAGUAAGUAACGCCUUCCAGUGGGUAUGUUCUCUGUAGGUAGAUUUUCCUUACCACACUGAAUAAACUGGGGGGAAAGCCGUGGAACCCCUUUGUCCUUUAGCACUGGGAUUGCUCUCAGAGCCUCUGGAUCUCAGACACUGAAUCUCUUGAACUUAUCCUUGAGCAAAAUGGCUUUUCACAUUAACUCAAGGUGGAAAACUUAAACCUGAAGACAGUACUGUGUCAGAAAAAAAUGUGUAUUUAGAAAAAUGAAACCCUGUGGAAUUUGUUAUCCUGAUGUAUGUUAUUUAGUAGAUAAGAUGACUUUAUUUUGUAUAGAAGACUCACUUCCUGGUGACUGUUUUGUGUUUUGUCUUUUAAUGCUGAGUAGACAGAUCACAAGUCUUUGGCUCCCGUGUUAGAUUGUGCAGAGUCAUCUUAGAACUGGAAACUGUCAGGUGGUCCCACUCUUAAUGAGGGCAUGAAAGGUCAAGAAAUGAAUGCAAACAAAUACUGGGUGGUUGAUGGUCUGGAUUCUUUGUUUUUGGUCUCCUUUAAAAAGUUGUUAUUUCUGUAAUUUAUUAGUGUAGCCUGUCUCUGGUUGGCUGGCAUUUCACAGUAAUAUCCAAACCACCCCAUAAAUUUUUAUUUCUCUACUUAAAAGGCCUUUAAAGCUUUUGCUUUUCAGCUCUGCAUUCCCUGAGAGAUUUCCCCCUUAUGUAUUUUGCCUAACUUUCCACUCAUCCUUUGUUUUCCCACCUUCUGGAUGUAAAAGAACUGAAAGAAAAAAUUGCCUUCCCUGGUCAUGGGCCUCAGUGACUUCCUUUGUAAUGCAUCUGUGACUUUCCAGGAGAAAUGCAGAAAGUGAGCUGAGGCUGUGAACAGACCUUUCACCCACCUAAACAUUUUCCAGUUGUGAGGUUCCUCUUCGUGUGUGGUCCUUCCUUUCUGCCCCCUGCCAACCUUCCCUGACUAUGGUCAAUUGGUCUCUUGGCUCAUACCAGUCUCCUGAGACAUUCUGCAGUCGUUAUCACCUUUUUGGGUGCAUUUUAUUUACUUUGUUCUUUUGUUUUUUUUUUUAAAAAAAAUAACUUUAACAUUGAUUCAUAUUUGCUUGGGAUAGAGCUUGUGUAAUUUACCAAUCGUAUUGAUUGUAUGUGAUUGUGCCCUGCAGAGGUAUACUUAACAAAAGUAAUCUAAGUUAAUAAAGGAGCCCAUGAGAUUUGAGUCAGAAUAGAAGUGACUUUAUGAAAUUGCAGUUUUGGAUAAUAUGAAUUCCCUUCUCAGAAUCAGUGCUACGUAAAUACCUAUUUUUAAAGAUUUUUACAUUCCUAUAUUUUCCCAUGGCCUCAGCUCCCUAUUUUUAUGUCAUUCUAUGCCCACCUGCUCAGAUUUUUUCAAUUGAGCAUUAAAAUAGCAAUUGACUUUUAAAUUAAUGAAUUUUUGGAAAUUUUACAUUUUCCAUAUGUUUCCAAUUGAGAACAAAGGAUGGGUUGAAAUUCACUAACCCGUGACUGACUACUUAGCAUUUGGCCAACGCUGAGAUUUUAUCUGGAGGCAUUAUUUUUUGCAAGUUCUUUUUAAAUAGGAAAAAAGGACCUUGCCUGAAAUGGAACAUUCCCUUUCUUGCUUAAUCUGUUUGUUAUUUCCAUUUUUAAACAGCCUUCAAAACAAAUGAGGUGAAAGAAAAGAAAUAGGAAUGUGUUCAGAGCUGCAGAACUCUGAUCUGAAUAAGUACACGUUCUACUGCUGCACAUUUUUUGAGAAGCUGUAGGCCUUCUUUCUCAAUCUCGCAUUAUUUGUGUGCAUGUUGUUUAUAUUAAAGAUGCCACAUUUUGUUAAAAUGCUAUUUCCUUUAUUACCUUGGGAACUGACUCAGCCUCUUGUUGCUCCUAAUUAGGGUUUAAGGCUCUUGUGAGUUGCAGAUAAAAGGAUUCAUUUUAACAAAUAGAAGGAGGUGAUUCACCUUUUGGAUUGUAAAUAUAUGAAAGUGUCUACAAGGUCUUUAUCUGCUUUCUGUCAGCAUUUAUAUUAAAUGGUAAAUUAAUG